ACUCAGCAUUCAUUCAAUCAACACAAAAUAAAAUCACUAGGUAUCGUUUUGGACUUCUCGGGUGUUGUUUAAUUUUUUAAUUACUUACAAUGGUAGUUUAGUGUUUUUGUUUUGUGAAUUGAAUUCAUUAGCGCCUUACAGACCGGGAAGUGAUUUAAAAGCUAUCUAUAAUCAGAAUGUAGCACAUAGUCAAGUUCCUCAAUCCGUAACAUACAAAUAAUUAUUGAUCUUAAAAUUUGAAAGACUGUAAAUAAAAUCUGAAUCAUGUCCGUGGUUAAGGGAAAAUUAGUGAAAAUGGAAGUUAUCCAAGUCGGUGACUACGAGUUCACUAAACAAGAUAUAAUUGGACAUGGUGCUUUUGCGAUGGUCUACAAAGGAAGGAAGAGAAAGAAUCCGUCCCAGUCUGUUGCGGUGAAGGUGGUCACAAAGAAAGGCAUCCAGAAAGCGUCAGAGAUACUCGUGAAAGAGAUUAAGAUACUACGUGAAUUGACAGCUCUGCAACACAAAAACCUGGUCGCGAUGCACGACUGCAUGGACAGCCCCGCCUAUGUCUAUGUUGUCAUGGAGUACUGCAAUGGAGGCGACCUAGCGGAUUAUCUUCAAACGAACCGGCUGCUCAGCGAGACCACGAUCCAGUUGUUCUUAGCGCAGCUUGCAGAAGCGAUGAGCGCCAUCCACGCGAAGGGCAUCGUCCACCGUGACUUGAAGCCGCAAAACAUACUCCUCACUCAUUCUAUCCUACCGCCUCGUACUCCACACCCAUCAGAUAUAACACUCAAAAUUGCUGACUUCGGAUUCGCAAGGUUCCUGGAAGAAGGAAAUAUGGCCGUUACGCUCUGCGGCUCCCCAAUGUACAUGGCUCCAGAAGUUAUAAUGUCCCUGAAAUACGACGCCAAAGCAGACCUGUGGAGCCUCGGCACAAUAGUCUACCAGUGCCUUACCGGGAAGGCUCCCUUCCAAGCCACCACACCACACGAACUGAAAGCUUUCUAUGAAAAUAGCGUCGAUCUUCAGCCCAAAAUCCCACCAGGAACGAGUCCAGAACUGUGCAGCUUAUUGAUUGGCCUACUUCGACGAAACCCUCGAGAACGCAUGUCAUUCGAAAUGUUCUUCAAUCAUCCCUUUCUUCAACGAUCGCGCAAUACAAACGUCCCCAGUUUAGAUUCGGAUCUUCCCGUUAUAUUGGAGAGCAAUCUCGAGAGUCGACCCGAUACUAACUGUUGUUACCUACAGGAGUCGUGGGAGAGCCAGGAGAUGGGAUCGUGUGCGGGUCCGUCCGUGGUGGCGAACCGAGCGCCCCCCUCCCGCGCCACCCCGCCCGCGCCCCUGCCCCUAGCCUUACCCACUGCCAAGAAAACACAGCCAACAUCCUCCGAUUCGUCGGAGGUUGGUUGGGCGGGAGAAGAGGACUUUGUGUUGGUGGAGGCGACGGAGAGCGGAUCCGCAGAGUGCUCGGCCGCCUCCUCCGGCUCGGAGGCUGCGUCCCGACCCCGCUCCCUGGCGCUCCCCGCGCCCCCCGCACCCGCCUCCCCUUGCACACCUACCGCGAGCCCACUGACCGCGGCCACUAACACUACUGUACCGCGAUCUCAGCCCAUCGACGUGCGCCGAACGACCUACAGCCGCAACGCCACGAACAUCGGCUCGCUCUCGCCGCCCACUAUGCCGUUCGCGAUGGGCACGCCGCCGUCGACGCGGCGUCGCAGCAGCAACAGCGGCAGCUCCCCGCCGCCGCAGCUGUGGCAGGUGUCGCCGACCAACGCGAGCCCGCUGCGCAGGUCCGGCUGGCCGGCCGCAGGCUCGUCCCCGCCCAGUGCGCUGGCGCUGCGUGCGAGCGGGGAGUGCGGGGGCGGCGCGGGGGGCGCGCUCGGCGACGUGCUGCGCGGCAUGAAGCCCGACCCGCCCGUCUACAUACCCAACCUGCAGGAGGAGACCAUACUCGCGGAGGAACACAGCAAAGUGUCAUCGCAACUUAACUUCGUUCUGAUGUUGGCCGAACUGCUGUCGGACUUGGCCGUCUCUUGCGGAGCUCCCAUCGCAGCCCUGAUGGACACGUCCGAUGAACGUUGCAACGAGAGCGUCCGGCUGGGCCUGUUGGUGCAGGCCAUGCAGGCGCUGGCGGCGGGCCUGCGCCUGGCCGCCACGCACUACCGCGCGCGCACGCUGCAGCCCACGCCGCAAGUGCGCAGCGUCGUAUCCCUGAUGAACGGUAAAUACAAAUGGAUCGUCAACGAGUCGAAGCGACUGCACGAAGCCGGAGUGACGCCAGCCGUCUGCGAUAAAAUACUAUACGAGCACGCUAUUGAACUGUGUCAGAUGGCGGCCAUCGAGGAACUGUUCGGCGACACGAAGGAGUGCGAGCGCCGCUACAUGUCGGCCCAGGUGCUGCUGCACUCGCUCGUGCAGAGACACCCGCUGCAUCCACACCACCGGACCACGCUCUCCAAAUAUCGAGACGCAGUACAACGUAGACUAAACUGUCUCAAAGGUGUUCGCAAAAUAAUGGAUGUCAAAAUUGAAGCCGGGAUCUCAUAAUGCAAAUACGGCUUCACAUAUUAUUAUGGACACAUAAGGAACAACACGAGAAGUGAUUUUAUUUUGUACUCGCGAAAUGACUAUGUGAAGAAAAACAAAAAAAAGUAAAAGUGAAAAAAUAUAAACAUUUUUAUCAAUGAACGAAACGUGACACGGUACAGAAAAUAAUACAAUAGAAAAUUAUUUUAUUAAGUUCCGUAGAAUUAGUGAGACAAUCCUUAUUUACGUCGUAAGACUUGAUUUUAGUAAACGCUUUACGAUUGAUUGUGGCUUUUAGAUGUGUGUUUUUUAAAACCAUCUGUACUGACAUGGUUGUAACAUUUUUAAUGACAUUUAAAAUUUCAUUGUAGACACAGCAUUACUACACUGCACAUUAUUGCAUUGCCAAUAUUGAAAGGCGUCUACUGGACUUGAAAAAAAAGUAAAAAAUAAAAAAAUAUAAAUCUAAAUAGGAUUGAAAGUUGAUCAGUGUGUCUCGCAUUAACAUUAUACGGUUAUUGACCUGUAGUAAAUUUACAUUCUAAGAAUCUGAUGAUUAAUCUCAACGCGAAUCGUGGAAAAAACAGUCGAGCAAUAUCAAAAUGGCAUUUUUAUGUUUAAGCUCUAUUGAAUUAAAGUAUUGCCUGAGACACGUUAAGCAUCGUGAUCACGAUUUUCCAAAACGUUGAAUUAGAUUUAGUUUGCCAAAAUUAUCAUUUUAUUUUAUGUGUACGAUCCAUAAAACUUAUUUUAAUGCUUUACUGAAAUAAGAAUAAAGACUGUUGUAUUAUAAAAA